CAUGAGGUUCACCGAUGUUGUUGCUCGCUGGCCUGGGUCCACACAUGAUGCCACUAUCUUUCAUAUGUGCGGUCUCAGGCAGCAUUUAGAAGAUAACAAUCUGGGUUGGUUAUUAGGGGAUUCUGGUUAUCCUCUUCGCCCUCAUUUGAUGACUCCAAAGAUCAACCCUGGAUCAGUUAAGGAGGAGAGGUACAACAAAGCUCAUAGCCAGACAAGAAUGGUGGUGGAAAGAGCAUUUGGAAUGUUGAAGUCAAGAUUUAGGUGUUUACACAAAACAGGAGGUUGUCUGCCCUUCACACCAGAGAAGUCUGCCAGAAUUGUCAGUGUCUGCUGUAAGCUUCACAAUGUUUGUUUGGAAAGAAACAUUCCUUUAAUAGGAGAUAUAUUGAUUGAUGACACUUUGAUUAAUGAUGAUGUAGUUACAAUAUCUCAGAGUAUUCAAACUGGAAUUAAUGCCAGGGCUACCCUAAUUGAUCUUUUUUAAGUUUUAGCCUGACCUUUUUUUUUAUUGAAAAAAAAUUAGAGGUAUUAUUACAGUCAUGUUGGCGUUUCUGCUGCUGUCCACAAACUUUAACAUUGAUCAUAACUUUAUUUAUGUUAUAUAAAUAUAAAUGGUGAUUGUUUCGUCUGCUCUGUAACUUCCAAAUACAUGAAAGUUUCAAUUUCUAUUUAAAAAUUUAAAGUCACCAUAGAUGGACAAUGUGUUUUUGAACAAGACACAGGUUUCUUUGUCUAUCUUCAAGUUCACUGCUGGGGUUCGACCUUUGUCAUUUUUACCACCACACUUACCAUGUAAUAGGUGGUUUAUAAAUAGAGGAUAUUGAAUGAGUGUAAGUUCAAUACUGAAUUUAUUGCAUGAGUUGAAUAAAAUUUUAUUAUGCGAGACUCUGGCGAGCAUAUUAUUUUAUUCAACAAGUGCAAUAAUUUCAGUGAUGAACAUUACACGAAUUAAAUAUUCUAUUUAUCACAUACCCAAAUUUAAUUAACAAAAUGUAGCUGUUUCUUUUUGUUAUAAAAUUAAUUAAAUUCAGCUUUAAAGAUUUGUUUAAACCAUUUCUAAAAAGUUAAAAGUUGAGCAUUGCGCCUGUCCAACGGUGGUUCUUGUUGAAAUUUGUUUUAUAUAGUUUACAUAAUAUUGCCAGGUUAUAUGACUGUGCUAUCCAUGUUUAACAUCUAAAGUUUGAAUGAAAUUAUAUCAAAAGUUUUGAAAGACUUGUCCUUAAAAAAAAUAUGGUAUUUGUCACUCAUAUAACAGCUCUGGAUACUUUUUCUAUUAACAUAUUGAUAGGAAAAUACAUACAUAAGUUUAAAGUUAAGAAUUUUCUAGCAUUGUCAAAUAAUAAUGUAUAUUUAAAAAUCGUGUAAGUUAUUCUUAACAUUUUACAAAUUAAAUUGGAAUAUAUAAAUAAUAAGAGAGUUACUAAUUGGGUAACAAGUUACCUACAUGUGUAAGACUUUAUGUAACUAAUUUCAAAUGAUGAAUUCUAACAUGACCUGAAUGUUUCCUAAUGAACUGUUGAACAAGAAAGCACCGAAAGUGUUUGUAAAAAUGCAAUCACUUCAUUUAGACUACCAUACUAGUUAUAAAAAUUUUGACAGGUUAUAUGGCCCUAUAUAAAUGGUUGUUUGAAAACAUAACAUGAGCCGCUAGGCGAGGGUUAUAUUUACAAAACAAGCGUUCAUAUACAGCCAUAUAACCUGUCAGAAAUAUUUAUAACAAAUUUAUAAUACAGCAAGCAUCAUUUUUAGAGGAAUAAAGCGAGAUUUUUUUAAAAAUCAACAGCAGCCGUGUAUAUAAAACUAUAUAAAUGUUACGAUUAUCCAAUGAAAAGCGACAUUACAAACAUGCAGUAUUAUAAUGUUAUGUAAUCACUAAAUGUGACACGUGGGAAAAAGUAAAGAAACAAAAAUUUAGCUUGAUUUAAGGUAUAGCACCAUGUUUAAGUUAAUGUCAUGUUAGAAUCAAAGUAAUAUAUCCCAAUCAGUGAUUUUAUUGCUUUAUAAAAUCACUGUUUGAUGUCCGGAUGUGCAGCAUGUUAUUACAAGAGCUGUGCCUUCUUUAUAUAAUCUCUGGCAUCCGAAAUCAAAUCAAUAAUUUUAAUUUAGCUGUAAAAUCACUGCUUGGAAUAUAUCAUUUCUUUAGUUCACUAUAUUUAUUAAAUUUCCACUGUCUUUCCUAAGUAUAUGAUUUUAUGACUGCAUUUUGUAUUUGGAAAAUGUAUAGUUUGAUUUAUUUCAUGCUUUCCAGUGUUUUAUUGUAAUAUAUCAGAUGAUUAUAUUCCGAUAAACCACUAGUGAAAUUUAUAAAAUAUGAUUUUCACUGUAGCCAGACUAUAUCUGAAUGCAAAUGAAAAAAAAACAUAACUAAAUGGAAUAACAGGCAGAAAUAAAUGCCGUCAUACGUAAAUUUGUUUCUUUAGGAAAAGAAAGUCGAUGUCUUCAUACAUCAUGUUAAAAAAUGUAACAAAAUUAGAGAAAUUUAACAGAACUAUAUUUCAAAAUUGAUGACGUGACGUCAUGAUGUGAUGACGUCACAAAGGAGAAUGCGGGACGUUACGCGGCAAAAUCAGUAAUAAGAUACUUAAAAUCACUUAAAAAGCAUGAAAUAAAAAGAAAAUUUAUUUGUUUUACAUAUAAGAUUGAAAUAUAUUUCAUUCGUGAAAACCAGCUAUAAUAUUUUCACUCGUGGCUACGCCACUCGUGAAAAUAUUGCAUCUGGUGUUCACUCAGUGAAAUUAUAUUUCAAUCUUACAUGCAAAACAAACAAAUAUCCUCUAUAUUUAAAGUUCGAUCAGGUUAUCAAUGCUACUUUUGCAUGCAAUAAUGUCAGUCAGACGCUUCAAUUCGUUUGAAAUUGCCCCAAGAUUUUCAUUUUGUUGUUUUUGCGUGUUGAGAAUUUCUUCUAGAAAUUUGCAUUUCUUCCUUUCAAUAUCCAGAAGUUCUUGAUAUUUAUCUGUAAUUGAAAUAACAUAUUGUAAUAAUUGUAAAAAUGUACUUCAUGAAAAUAUUAUUUUUGAUAGUUUUCUCUGUUUUUUUGUUUUUUUUUUUUUUUUUGGGGGGGGGGGGGGUUAUAAUUAUAUCAUAGUUAUCAAUCUCAGCAAAGGCUUGCUUUGUAGCCAUUUCUUGAACCUGUUUUUUAAAUUUUACAUUUUAUCCAGCUACUAUCUAUAUUAUCAUCUGGAAGCCUUGCCGGAUAAACUUAUCUUAAUUCCAGUCAUUACGUCAUAAUUAUGAUGACCUCACAUGGUAAACAGAAAAACAAGACAAAAUUUCAUCAGGGAAAUGUAAGAUUGAAAUCUUUUACUAGUAAAUUGUCUAAAAACAUGAUCAAAAGCAGGAUAACUCAAAUACAUGCUCGGUGUCAAAGCUAUCCAAGAUACACUUUCUCGCUCAACGGAUAAACCAUCUCUAUCAAAACAUCAACAAUGUAUUCUUUAUAUAUGGUUAUUCAUAUGAGAUUCUAUGUAUUUCAUAUGGUUUGAAACCAGUUGCUUUGUAUGUCAGAGAUAUUUCCAAUUUUACUUUCUACUAUAUCCAGUUCCUUGAUUCUCUGAUUGUGACAUUGUACUUAGGAAGCCAUAUUGAAUUUCUUUUAAAUUUAAGAAACAUACAUGGUACUUUUUGAAAUUCCUUAAGUCAUUUCUUUAAUAAACCGGACAUAUAUUCACAAUAAUACAAUUUGCAAGAUUUAUUUCAAAAUACAGUAUUAUUUCCAUGAAAGUUUCCAUUAUAUUUGAUGUGUUUUACCUGUUAAUGAACAGCUGGAAAUAAUUUGUAAUACAUUUACCUAAUGGUUCACUGACCGUCCGUUUUCUUUUUUCCUGGAAGUAAAAUUUGAAUGUUGUGAAAAUUCAUAAUUGAAUUUAUUUCAUGUCUUCAAUUGAAUUAUAUCAUUUUUGCCUAUUGUGAACAUGUUAUUUUGUUAUUCAAUUUUUUCAAUGUAUUUAGUAAGAAAAUCACACAAAAAUAAUUAAAUAGUUAUAAUUUUAUCACAUACCAGUACAUUAUGUAAGUAUUAUUUGUAAAAAAGACAGUCUAUUUUGUAAUUUCCAUACCUACAAGCUUAUUCUGUAAUGUUUUCAAAUAUUUAGUGUCAUUUGAAAUGACAAGUCAUAUAAUCUUAUCCUGAAAGUUAUACACAGAAGUGUAGUAUCAAUGUUGCUGACUUGCAAAAGCUGUGCUGGUAUAUGAUAAGAAAAUCAUUAAUGUAAUAUUUCUUCAUAAUAAGGUAAGUAUUUCCUCAACAUUUGAUUAACCCUUUACCUGCUGAAUUAUUGCGAUAGACAUCCAACCUUAAAUUUCAGUACUUUCCAUUCUCCAUUUGUGGAUAUGAAAAUUGAAAGACAGCCUGGCAUAUGUAUAGAGCCUCGCCAGAUUUGACAGCUGUGUAUUUGACUUGGCUCUGUGUAGGUGGCAACAUUCAAGCAGGUGAAAGGUUAAUAAAAUGGUUUGAUAUUCAUUGUCAUAUACAUUUGUAAUAUGAUAUCAAGCAAUUCAGUAUUGAAAUAUGUGCAAUAAAAUUUGAAAUGUC